AGGCGGCGCGCUCCUGCGUGCGUAAAACCCGAGAUCCAAAGCGACUGAUUGUUUUUAGCGUUUAAUUUUAUUGAACUCGGGUUGACGCAGACUAAAUCAUGCCUUUCGCGAAGCUGAGUAAAAUCCUCCGGAUUGACACCAAAAAGAAAGUGAAGCAGUACGAGCACGUCCAUCGGGACGUCAACCCAAAUGACAUCUGGGAGAUAGUUGGAGAGCUCGGCGACGGUGCGUUUGGGAAGGUCUACAAGGCCAGCAACAAAGAGACUGGUGUUUUGGCUGCAGCCAAAGUGAUCGAGACAAAAUGUGAAGAGGAGCUGGAGGACUACAUAGUGGAAAUCGACAUCCUGGCUAAAUGCAACCAUCCCUACAUCGUCAAGCUGCUCGACGCGUUUUAUUACGAACACAAACUCUGGAUCAUGAUUGAGUUCUGCGCUGGAGGUGCUAUGGAUGCCAACAUGCUAGAGUUGGAUCGAGGGCUGACAGAGCAACAGAUUAGAGUGGUUUGCCGGCAGAUGCUGGAGGCUCUGGUUUACCUCCACAACCAAAAGAUCAUUCACAGAGACCUGAAGGCCGGAAACAUCCUCCUCACGCUGGAUGGAGAUAUAAAACUGGCUGAUUUUGGUGUAUCUGCAAAGAAUAACAAAACCCUACAAAGAAGAGAUACUUUUAUUGGAACGCCAUACUGGAUGGCUCCAGAGGUGGUGAUGUGUGAGACGACCAAGGACGCCCCGUAUGAUUACAAGGCUGACAUCUGGUCUCUAGGAAUCACUCUGAUCGAGCUUGCACAGAUCGAACCCCCACACCAUGAGCUCAACCCCAUGAGGGUCCUUCUGAAGAUUGCGAAGUCUGAACCUCCCACCCUGGAGCAGCCACACAAAUGGUCCAAGGACUUUAACAACUUCUUGAAGAAAGCUUUGGACAGAAACACAGAGACUCGUCCAACUGCAGCACAACUCUUGGAGCAUCCUUUUGUGAGAACGGUGACAUGUAACCGUCCGUUGUUGGAGCUGGUGGCCGAGGCCAAGGCUGAAGUCAUGGAGGAAAUUGAAGACAAUAGAGAGGAAGGAGAGGACGACGACAUUAUGGAGCUCACCGGGUCUCCAGAAAAGGAGCCAUGCCAGCAAAGUCAGACCAGUUUGGAGGGAGACCAGUCCCCAGACACCUCCAACCCCGCCACACCUUGCCCACCUUCACCGAUGGCUUUCCCCAGGAGAGGGGCCCAGUUGGAUUCACCCACAGGGGAGCAGCUAAACCCAGUCAUGGGACUUCCUGUUCCUCAACCACGCCUGAUUCACUUCCAGAGAGAUUCAGAGGAGGUGGGGGGCAAGCUGACUGAUGACGGUGUCCUUGAGCUGGAGAAAUCAGAGAGUGAAGCUUCAACUAAGACUUUCAAUUCGGACUCGGGAUUCGAAGAUGGGAAGACUACCCCGACACUGGAGGAGGACAAGUUUCUUGUAGAGACACCUGAGGCUACCGAAGACUCACGACCUUUCCGUCAAAGUGAGGAGAAUGCAAAGCGUGAUGGCUUCACCGUAGAUAGUUUGUCCGAGGCUCGAAGCACCUCUGUGGGUCAUGGAGAAUCGCCGUCUCUGAACUCAAGUCGUUCGGUCACUCCUGCACCUACUCCCACUCCCUCCUUUGCUACCACACCAGUACUCGCAGCCAGUCAUGACACAAACAACGCCAAAAGCAAGGGCACUGUAGAGCGAGGAUCGAUGGGAGGAAACUUCGAGUCCAACUCGCCUCUUAUGAAUGGAAGGAGAAACGACAAGCAGCAGAUAAACAGCCUGGCGUCAGAGCUAAUGGCAAUCAACACAGAGACCAUGUCUGUGUCUGCAAGGGCAUUUUCCAGUAAGACUCUAAAGCGGACGAGGAAGUUUGUUGUUGACGGCGUGGAAGUGAGUGUGACCACCUCAAAGAUCAUUCGCGAUGAUGAGAAGAAAGAUGAGGAAAUGAGAUUCCUGAGACGGCAGGAGUUGCGUGAGCUCCGCUUGCUGCAGAAGGAAGAGCAACGCAAUCAGAGUGAUCUGCACGCCAAACUGGAAUCACAGAAAGAACAAAUGCACAAACGCUUUGAGCAGGAAUUGAACACUAAAAAGAAGCAAUAUGACACGGAACUGGAGAACAUGGAGAAGAACCAUAAGCAAACUAUUGAGAAAAUGGAGGCAGACCACAAUGUUAAACUCAAGGAAGAAACCAAGCGCAUCAAAGCAGAGCAGGAGCGAGAGUACCACAAGUUCCUGGACCAGUUGAAACUAAAGAAGAAAGAGCUGAAGCAUUCAAUUGAUAAGAUGCCCCGAAAUCAGCGGAAAGAAAGCUUGAAACAGACGAUGUCUACUUUUCAAGAAGACAAGACGAAACAGGAGGAGAAAUUUUUAGCAGCACAGCGGGAGCACCUGAACACAACACUGAAGAUGAUGAUCGCAAACAACAAGAGAGAUAUUGCAGAAAUGGAAAGGGAAUGCCUCAACAAGAAACAAGAAUUUAUCAGAGAGCGCGAGUCUGCGACAUGGAGCAUGGAGGAGAGCCAUCUUUAUGAGAAGCACCAGUUGUUGAAGCAGCAGUUGAAGGAUCAGUAUUUCCUCCAGAGGCAUUUGCUUCUGAAGAAACACGAGAAGGAGACUGAACAAAUGCAGCGCUACAAUCAACGAAUGAUCGAGAUUCUGAAAUCCAGGCAGCAGCAGGAGAAAAGCCGACUACCCAAGAUCCAGCGCGGCGAGGCCAAGACACGUAUGGCUAUGUUCAAGAAGAGCCUCCGCAUCAACUCAACAGGCAGCUCUGCAGAGGAUAGAAAGAAAACCAAAGAGUUCUCUCAGCAGGAGGAAAAGCGACAAAAGGCAGAAAGGCAGUAUCAGCAGCAAAAGCAUGAAAACCAGAUGAGAGAGAUGAUUGGUCAGUGUGAGGGCAACAUCAGGGAGCUGCAGCAGCUGCAGAAUGAAAAGUGCCACAUGCUGGUUGAGAAUGAGACCCAGAGGCUCAAACAACUGGAUGAGAAACACAACCAGGAGAUGAAGGAGUGGAAGGACAGCCUGAGGAUCCGAAAGAAGGCUAUCGAAUAUGAGCUUGACAUUAAGAAGAAAGACCAGGAGGCUUUUUUCAUGAUGAGCGAGAGUUGCGAUUGCUCGGACCCCAGCUCUAGUCAAAGACUCUCCAAGUUCGUGCCUUACUUUGACUCCUCUACCAUAUAAGCACACGUGUCGCAAGGAUGCACACAACUGGCUGCCCUCAACACACAAACGCGCACACACGUGUGUUCUACCU